AUGAAGUAUCAUUAUCUAAUACCUGGCAUUCUCGGGAAUCAUUUGACAACUGAGUUUGAAACAUCAACUACCGUUCCACCCAGAACAUGGCCAAUAUAUACAACAUGGUCAACGUCAGCUUACGGAACGCGAACAACAGGGUCAGAAGGCUGGUUUGUCGACUGUGGAGGAAACAUCACAUCGCCGCAGACAAUAACAUCUCCAAACUUCCCCGAUAACUAUCCGAAAUCGGCACUUUGCGACUGGAUAAUCGACCUAGGUUAUCCUUUCGAAAUCAUCAUGGAUUAUUUUGAAAUUGAAAAGUCAAAUUAUCGAUGUAAAUUUGACUAUUUUUACAUAAAUGACCUAAACCCAGAAACUAAAGAUUUCUAUUGCGGAUCAAACUCUGUUUCGACACUUGAAGGCGAUGCGAGAACUAAUGAGGAAGAAAUACUCUCCGAAUCUCCUGAAAAAAGACAUCAUUGGCAUGUUACUACAACCAACAAAGGCUUUAGUUUGCGAGUCGUGCCUCUUGACCCAAAGUAUUAUUUCGACAUUUUUCAAAAAGAAAUACAGAGAAUCAUCGGCAAUCUUCCAGAAAACAAAUUCAAGAAACGAUUUACAACCAAAAUGACGCAAGUCCUGACCAAAUUCGAAUCAUCAACCUUCGAAGAUCCUUGCUACAAAAACAAUGGCUUUUCAUCAAAGCAGCAAAUCGCAACUGAAUUUGAGUCUGACAACUUUUGCGAUGCGAUUGGGCAACUUAGCGACGCAAUCAACAGUUUUGCUGCGAACUUUGCAUGUGACAGACGAGGCAAACUCUUUCGAAAAAUCACCGGAUCUGCAAGAAAAGCGAAGAACUUUUUCAUGAAAAAACAAAACUGCUGA